AUGACGACGGCCGCUCCAAGACGGCAGCAGACCCUACGACAUCGUUCAGGGGGGACACACCGAGCGCAUGUAGCAUACACCCUUAAGAUUAGGUCAGGCAGAGGAGGCUGCUCCAUUAACCCACCACUGGGUGAAGAGCGACCCCGCAACUGGACAGGCAGCACCCUUGGAAGAGCCCCAGUCACAUAUGGACCCGACAUCGCCAGCAUCACAUGCCCUUAA